AUGGCUCCACCACUGAAGACUGGCGGGCGCAAUUUCUCUUAUUCUUUUGUGAAUCCGAAUCUGAAUUCUGUUGAGUGUUUGGCAAAGAAGAUCACGCCGGAUGAGUCAACCAAUUUCCGAGAAAAAUAUGGGUACAUUCUGAGCCUCCUCAAGAUGCCGUUCACCAAGUAUGAGCAAGAGGGAGUUCAUACUUUGCUUCAGUUCUAUCAUCCUUCCCUCCGUUGUUUCACACUCACUGAUUAUCUUUUGGCCCCUACCUUGGAAGAGUAUUCGUCAUUCCUUGGCAUUCCUGUUGGGAAAGAGGUACCUUACUAUAGCACCAUGAAGGCCCCCGAUUCCGUUGAAAUUGCUAAGGCUCUUUAUUUGAGCAAGUCGGUCGUGGAAGCAAAUCUCACCAAGAAGGGAGGAAGUUUUGGUUUUCGUAUGGAGUUCCUGGUUAAGAGAGGUUGUGAUGCUGCUGAAGCCAAAGAGUGUGACACUUUUAGAGCUAUCUUGGCUCUAAGUAUCUAUGGUAUUGUGAUGUUCGCAAAUGUACCUGACUUUGUUGAUAUGAAUGCCAUCCACAUAUUCAUUCUGCAGAACCCCGUUCCUACACUUCUGGGGGAUGUUUAUCAUUCCGUUCAUCAUCGGAAUGGGCAGAAAGGAGGUUUGGUUAGAUUCUGUGCUCCGUUGCUAUACCAUUGGUUCAGAUCACAUUUGCCGGAACGUGGAGCUUUUGUUGAUAGUAGGUACACAUCUAAAUGGGCUGAGAGGAUUAUGGGGCUUAGAGCUAAGGACAUUGUCUGGUACAACCGAUCUUUGGAUGACAUGGAAGUUGUUAUGAGUUGCGGGAAGUUCAAAAAUGUGCCUCUCAUGGGCAUCAGAGGUGGGAUCAACUAUAAUCCUGUCCUGGCUAGAAGAACAUAUGGAUAUGCUUUCAUUAGUCCUCCUGAACGAGCAGAGAUUGCUGAGAAUAUUUUCUAUCAUUCAGCCACCAAUGCUGGACAAAUGGCAGAAGCUGCGCAAGCCUGGAAGAGUAUUUGCUGGAGGGAUAAGAAGCAUUUCGGUCAAAGAGACUGUGCGACUUAUAAAGACUAUACUGAGUGGGUUGAAGUUGUGGCUAACACCCAAGGGAUGCCUUUCCCUCCAAAGGAUCCUUUGUAUCCUCCUGCUGGUGUACAACCCGACAUUGUCUCUAUGCCUCGUUAUAAUCGAACUGUUGAGCAGAAUCGGAAGUUGACUGAACAAAUGGAAACAAUGCAAGUUAAGAUGAAUACUGAUAGAGGAAGUACCUCUCAGAAAAGGCCGAGAGUGACUAUAGACCCUAAAUUUACUGAAACUCAAGAGAAGAAACUCAAGGAACAUUACGAGACUCAGUUGGCAGAUUUGACUAAAAGACUCCAGAUUCAGGCUGAAAAUGCCAAUUCGGAAAAGACUCGUCGAAAGAAAUGGGUUUUCUGGUUAUAA